AGGAGAAAGUCCGCCAGUGCGGGAAAAACCAACCUAGGGGGCACUUCGGAGCAAGCGGCGAAGCCGAAAGAUUGCAAAGGGGCCAGGCAGCGAGACAAAGAGAAGGGAGGACAUGAGCGAAGGAAACGGGAUACAACAGGGGAUCAGCUGAGUUAACCCACGCAAGAAAAGCUUUUCCCCUCCCAGCACAUCCACAGGAGGUGCAGGGCCGGACUCCCCGUUCCACCGAGAAGACAAAGCAGGAGCUGGCCCCAUGGGGAAAGGGGGGGAGAAAGGAGAGGAGUCAGGGGAGCGGGAGGCGCAGCUCCGCUUCUACACCUGGGAGGAGAUCCAGAAGCACAACUUGAGGACGGACAAGUGGCUGGUGAUAGAGCGCAAGGUGUACAAUGUCACCAAGUGGGCAAACAGACACCCUGGGGGCCACCGAGUGAUCAGCCACUGCGCCGGCGAAGAUGCCACGGAUGCAUUCCAAGCCUUUCAUAUCAAUCCCACUUUGGUGCGAAAGUUUCUCAAGCCAUUACUUAUCGGAGAACUUGCUCCAGGGGAACCCAGCCAGGACCGAGACAAGAAUUCCCAGUUGGUGGAGGAUUUCCGGACCUUGAGGAAGACAGCAGAGGAUAUGAACUUAUUCAGAGCAAGCCCUUGGUUCUUCUCCCUUUACUUGACCCAUAUCAUCGCAAUGGAAGCUUUGGCUUGGUUAAUGGUUUCAUACUUUGGUACAGGCUGGAUCACAACUCUCAUCCUUGCCUGCAUCCUUGCAACUUCCCAGGCCCAGGCAGGUUGGCUGCAACAUGACUUUGGACACCUUUCUGUCUUUAAGAAGCCUGUGUGGAACCACAUAGUCCACAAGUUUGUGAUUGGGCACCUGAAGGGGGCCUCUGCAAACUGGUGGAACCACCGUCACUUCCAACACCAUGCCAAGCCCAAUAUAUUCAGGAAAGACCCAGAUGUGAACAUGCUGCAUAUUUUUGUGCUUGGAGAUUCACAGCCCGUUGAGUAUGGCAAGAAGAAGCUGAAGUACCUGCCUUACAAUCAUCAGCACGAGUACUUCUUCCUCAUCUUCCCACCUCUGCUCAUCCCUGUGUAUUUCCAAAUCCAAAUCAUCUCGACCAUGAUCAGGCGCAGGUUCUGGGCGGACCUGGCCUGGGCCGCUAGUUACUACAUGCGCUACUUCAUCACGUACAUCCCAUUCUAUGGCGUUCUGGGAUCCCUGUUUCUCCUCACUUUUGUCAGGUUUCUGGAGAGUCACUGGUUUGUGUGGGUCACUCAGAUGAAUCACAUUCCAAUGGAAAUUGAUAGCGAGAAGCACAGAGAUUGGCUCAGUUCUCAGCUGGCAGCCACUUGCAAUAUUGAGCAAUCCUUUUUCAAUGACUGGUUCACCGGGCACCUGAAUUUCCAAAUCGAGCACCACCUGUUUCCAACGAUGCCACGGCACAAUUUCUGGAAGGUUAAACCUUUGGUGAAGUCAUUAUGUGCCAAGUACGGAGUCCAGUAUGAAGAGAAGUCUCUUGGAAAAGCAUUCGUAGACAUCAUUGGGUCCCUAAAGAAAUCUGGAGAUCUCUGGCUGGAUGCCUACCUCCAUAAGUGAACUUGAAUCUUAAUGGGGAGAUGUGAGUGCCAGGGAGGGAUGGGGGGAGGGAAGGGGUGAUCACAUGCAUGUCUUUUACUAUCAGAUUUCAGUCUGUAUCCGUGUGCAGUUUGAGGGGAGUUUCCUGUCUUGUGAACUGUUACUGGGAUGGGCUCAGACAAACUGUUUAAUACAGGCAGAUUGAAAAACAUGCUUGGCAUAGUCUUCAGAAGAUGAAACACAACAUCUUUAUUGCACAAAACAGAUGGAAGGGUGGGAGAGGAUGGGGAGAAGGAGUGCUUAAAAAGGGGCACAAAAUCCAUCCUCCUUCUCUCCACCAAAUAAUAAUAAUUCUAGCUCUACCUGAAAACACACAAGCCCUUGAUUCACAGACCCAUGUCAUUUGUCAGGCUUUGAGACCCUCUGCACCUGACCAAUAUUUGCAAUCUGAGGACACCCAAGUCAAUUUAUACCUCUUUUCUCUUUCUCAUCUUUGUGCAAGAGAGCUUAGAGCAGUUUCUUUUUGCUGUUAAGGAAAAUUAAAACAGUCCCGAUAACCACCACAGUAGGAAACUCACGUGGGCUGUGAUCCCCAGCACCCUGCCUGUGGAAAUCACCCUCCACAGGAACUGGCAGGCGCUAUACUGAGUGACUAUAUUGGUGCUGAUGGCCCUGUUGUGGUUUUGCCAGAGUCUCCAUUUUUCCUGUCAUCUUUCUUCUCUAAUUAUAGCAUCACUUUAGUAAAGGCUGUGAUACUGAUCCUGCACCACUAACAUCCUAGUGCCACUAAGUGAGGGUUUUAAUAUGGGACUGCAUCCAUAGCUGCAUUUUUGCAGCCACUUCUAGGGUUCUGCAGAAGAGCUCCAGGCUGAAGCAACAUGAUGUCUCCUUUGGGGAGAGGGACUAUUUUCUUUCCCUAAUGAGCAUUGGGUCUGGCUUUACAAGGCCCAUUAGAAGCACUAUGAUUGUCAGUAACUUGCAUGCAAAACACAAGCAAGUCACACAGGGCAAGCCUUACUCAUUGCCCAUCAAUUUUCUGCAAUGCUCCAAUGUAACUACAAAUGGCUUUUUUUUUUUUUUUUUUUUUUUUUUUUAACCGGAGGAGAGCUGCUGGGCAAUAAAUACAUUAGGCAGUGUGACUCAAAAACACUCAGCUCUGCCUGCUUGCACAUGCAUUGCAGAAACCAAAACUGUUUCUACUUGUCAGAGGCCAGGAGCAAUACCCAGUAAAGGUCCUGGAAACAAGCACAAAAGAAAAGAAAUUAAGUUCUUCCUAGGGAGGGAAAAAAGAAAGAAAGAAAGCAGCUACCCACCCAUUCAACCUAGCCCCUACAUCCUUCAGGGAUGCAGCUGAGAACAGGAUUGACCAGGUGAUGUGCAACCUUCCAUAGAAACUGCUGAAAAUUUGUCUAAAACUCUUUAUGUCCAAUACUUAAUUACCAAAAUCUGUUUGGCCAGUCUAAUGGCUCUUCCAGAGGUGCAGUUGAACAGCUUCGAGCUGUUUCUCUAACAGGGAACCUAAUCCAAAGCCUACUCCAGGUAAGGAGCAGGCUUUAGGGGGUUUUAGUUUAAAAUUUAAUAGGUGGAAAAGAGACAAACAUAUUCUUUGGUUUAUGAUAGAGGGCUAUGGUUUCCAAAACAGUCCCUAACUCCAGAAAACUUCAGAAAAUGUAUUCCUAGCCCUCAGUUUUGGGGAGAAAAAAAGAAAAAAAAAAAGAGAAAGAAAGAUCAGAUUACUGUGUUUGUAACUGGAAACUUCAGACCGAAAAGUCACAGGCAGGAUUAUCACUUCACAUAGCUACUGAUACUUAAGGUUUGUAAAGGGCUUAUCAUUUUGGUGUUGUAUACCUUUAAGGUAACAAAAUCCAAAUAUCUUGAGGAAUGGUUAGGAUGAAAAUUUAUUGUCACAGGGUGUCUGAAGCCCAGCCAGACUUUGAACAGUUUUUAUAGUUGAUUUCUAAUAGCAUAAACUAUAACAUACUUCUGGAUGCUAUAACUUCUUAAACAGGUAUUAGUGGGUUAGUUUGGAAUUGUGGCUAACACUCUUAAGAAUGCCUUAAUAUCUCCAUCUCCUUCUGACUCCCUGAAUGUAUCUCACUGUCACUGCACCAGCAUGGGACAACGACAAAAACACAGCAGCAUCAGCAAUGUUAUCUUCUAAAUAUUCAUCUUAUUUUUCUGAUGGUUCAUAUUUUUUUUCACUCCUCCAGUUCUUGUUUCCAGAGCAAAUCUCUUCUGAAUACAGGUGCCUCUUUCUCACUAGCUCUAUCCUCUUUUUUUUUUUUUUUCCUCCCUCUCUCUCUCUCUCUCUCUCUCCUUUCUUACUUUUCGUCUUGGAAAAUUCUUUGCCUUUUAACACUUAGAGAAAUUGCAGGAGACUAGUAGCUCAGCCUAGGUAAAACAACAUUCAGCAGCUUGGCUUCCUGUCUGCCACUGACCAAUCUACUGGAAGGACUGCUUUUCACUAAAAGAACAAGUUUUCAACCCAGUAACCUGGCCUAGCAGUGCCUGGGAGAUAGCAGCUACAACUGAGGAUGGCUGAAAGACUUUGAAACAUUCCAGGAGAGCAACCAUGCUGGCACAAUCUGCAGAAGGAAAGGGAAGCUCUUCACCUAACGGGCAUUUUUUUCCCCAUGACUUUAGCACAAGAUAUCAAAGGGAAGAAAGGGGGACAGAAGAGAGCCUGGUAUUUGCUCUUUCUUGUGCUCCCAGACCAGCUACUUGCUUCUUUCAGACCCUCAAAAAUUCCUUUUUGAUUAAGAAUGUUCAGUUGCUAAAAUCCAGAAAUAAAAAAUUUAAAA